CUCCGUCAUCAGGUAACGUUGAUUGGCUCACAGUUGAACAGUCUCAAUCCAAAGGAUUGUUUGAUAUUAAUUUGCAUACAAGCUGUAUAAAUACUGGGGCUCUGCGGCUAGUUACACAUUCAUUUUUGAACUACAUCAGCGAAGGAAACAUGCCAGAACCGAAAGCUGCACCAGCGCCGAAGAAAGGCUCAAAGAAGGCUGUUGCCAAAACACAGCCUAAGGGAGGAAAGAAGCGCAGAAAGACUAGGAAGGAGAGCUACGCUAUCUACGUGUACAAAGUGCUGAAGCAGGUCCACCCCGACACCGGCAUCUCUUCCAAGGCGAUGGGCAUCAUGAACUCCUUCGUCAACGAUAUUUUCGAGCGCAUCGCCGGGGAGUCGUGCCGCCUGGCUCAUUACAACAAGCGCUCCACCAUCACUUCCCGAGAGAUUCAGACAGCCGUGCGCCUCCUGCUGCCCGGAGAGCUGGCCAAGCACGCCGUGUCUGAGGGCACCAAGGCCGUCACCAAGUACACCAGCUCCAAGUAAACCGAGACCGUCCCUGCUCCGUCUUUACAACACAAAGGCUCUUCUAAGAGCCACCCACAUUUUCAUUUAAAGAGCUUUGAAUUGUA